AUGCCAAAGUAUCGCAAUAAAAAAACUACCAUUGCUACUUCCUCUUCCGCGUUUACAUCAAUACAUAAUUUUAAACCAUCAUUUCCUCCAAAAAUCACGAUCGAUGAGUUAAUUUCAAAAUCACUUAGCAACUCUGAUUCUAAAUAUAAUCGAACUCCUAAUCCAUUCAUUAUUUAUCGGAAAGUUUUUAAUCGUGAAAUAUCAAAAUUGAAACUAGAUCUAUCUUUAAAAGAAAUUUCGACAAAAGCUAGCGAGAGUUGGCAUAAAGAGACUGAACACGUUAAAAAUGCUUAUAGGAAGCUUGCUGAAGAUGCAAAAAUCAACUUCAAAAAUAUUGCACCUUUAUGUGUCGUUUCUGAUAAACAUUAUGAUAUGAAUAACGUGAAUAAAGACAAUUCUAAUGGAUGCUUAAAAAUUCUUUAUUUUGAUCCAAAAUGCGUCGACAACAGCAAUAACCAGGAAAAAAAUAUGAAAAAAGAAGACAAUAACUAUGAUUUGACUUCAAUAUCCGAUACAAAUAUCGAUGCAAUGCUAGGUGUAGAUACUUUUAAUUUCGUUCCUACUCCGAUCAAUGGGCACACAAUCUACAGUAUACCAUUUACUUCGGAUUAUGAUCCUUCAAAGUUUGAACACAAUAGAAGUCCGAAUCCUGAAUCGGAACCUUCUAUUUCAUUAUCUCCAGAAAAUGGAAUCUAUUCAAGCUUACAUAAUCAACCUUUAUGGGAUUCUCCGAACGACUUAUGCCAACAUCCUUUCGUAAAAAGGCUUUUUGCACGGAUAUAUAAUUUAGAAUUCCUUUUAAGAAUUAAUGGAAUAACAUUUAGUGCAAAUCCAUGA